AUUUUGCGCCAGCAAAACCGGAUAUGUGUGUAGAAAACUAUCUCGCUUUGAACUUUGUGUAAGUAUACAGCUUCAGUGUACGAGUGCACCUUUUUCGCCUUAAACUUAAAGCGUUUGUCAAGGAUGCUGUUGAAGAAAGUAGUUCUCAACUCCAGACCAGGGCCAAAUGGGGUGCCAGGUCCUGCAAAUUUCCGCCUAGAGGAGUCAACUCUUGAACCUGGUUUGGAAGAGGAGGAGGUGCUGGUUCGGACGCUUUACCUUUCCGUUGACCCUUAUAUGAGAUGCAAGAUGAACGAAGACAGCGGUGCAGAGUACCUGACCCCGUGGAAGGUAUCAGAGGUCAUGGAUGGCGGCGGGGUUGGCGUGGUCCAGUCCAGCCGCCACGACGCUUAUCGAGAGGGGGACGUGGUCACCUCCUUCACUUGGCCCUGGCAGACCCACGCUGUGGUGAAAGGAAGCAUCCUACAGAAGGUGAACCCGUCGUUGGUGGACGGCCACCUUUCUUACUUCCUGGGUGCGGUGGGCAUGACGGGCCUCACGGCGCUACUGGGCAUGCGAGAGAAGGGUCAUGUGAUCAGAGGAGCCAAUCAAACGCUGGUGGUGAGCGGCGCCGCCGGUGCCUGCGGCUCCGUGGCCGGACAGAUUGGCCGAUUGGACGGUUGUUCCAGAUCGACUGGGUUCAACAGGGUGGUUGGGAUCUGCGGUUCCGAAGACAAGUGCAAGGCACUGGUAGAGGUUUUGGGCUUUUCGGGGGCCAUCGACUACCGGCGGCAGGACGUCGCCGCGGGGUUGCGAGAAAACUGUCCCAACGGCAUCGACGUCUACUUUGAUAACGUCGGAGGAGACGUCAGUGAUUCCGUCAUCGCGCAGAUGAACGAGGGUGGCCACGUGAUCCUGUGUGGUCAGAUCUCGCAGUACAACAAGGACGUGCCGUACCCUCCCUCCCUUAGCCAGGAAACGCAGGAGAACCUGAACAGGAAGAACAUCACCAGGGAAAGGUUCAUGGUGCUCAAUUACAUGAGCCAAGCACAAGACGCCCUUGGUGAACUCGGCUGUUUGGUCACCUCCGGACAAGUUAAGGUACUAGAAACGAUCGAAAACGGAAUUGAAAAUAUGGGAGUUGCCUUCUGCUCAAUGAUGAAAGGCGGAAACGUAGGCAAGCAAGUAGUGAAGAUCUCCCACUGACUUGAAUGACUCUCACAGCGACAUCGACUGUAUUGAACAUUUUUAAUUCACAGCACUAGAAAUCAUAAAAAAAGUGGUUGCUCCCUUUUUCUGACAGAGUACUCUCAUUGAUAUUUGCGAGCGAAUACAAGUAGAUGCAUGUGGUCAUGUCACAGACACUCAGCCGUGUGAUGACGAUGUCAUCAGCGGGGGCCGUAAACGCCUCAUUUGACACACUCGUGCUUCGAAAUGACAUUGUGAAAUACAGGAAGUGCAAAUUUACUCGGUUAUAUGUCAGGCUGGUCUUUUCAUUAGGUACACCCGUCGUAUUGAAGCAGAUUCUCGGCAUCCUUCUAUAGACUCACUUCAUUGCGGUGGUUAUAUAAUUUGCUCCAGGAUACACAUUACGGUAAAAUAAUUAAUAAACCCUUUCACCGAUUCUCAGAGAAAUGAUGGGUAGUGAAGGGAGACCACAUGAUAUUAGCUAGCUUAAAUCCAAUAAAAACGGCAUCGAGGUUCAUUUCACAGCUAUAUCACAUUCUUUUUUUUUUUUCACUAUUUAAAGCCACCACGCGUUGAUUUUCCUCAAAUGUUAUUUUUGUUCAGAGUGAUUGUGGAAUAUAAAAUGUCCUGAAACACUA